UCCCCCUCACCCGUUCCUCUCCCCUCCGACGAACCAUCACAGCUAAGAGCACUGUCCCUGUGGUAGCUCGGGGGAGACAGGGGGCUCGGAGAAGGUGGACCCCGCAUUCGUGCCCCCUUCUCCCCCAUCCCCACCAUGGGCUUUGCCCUGGAGCGCUUCGCCGAAUCGGUGGACCCAGAUUUCCAGUGCAGAUUGUGCGGCCAGGUGCUGGAGGAGCCCCUGUGCACGCCGUGCGGGCAUGUCUUCUGCGCCCGCUGUCUGCUGCCCUGGGCGGCGCGGCGGCGCCGGUGCCCGCUGCAGUGCCGGCCCCUGGCGCCGGGCGAGCUGUACCGGGUGCUGCCUCUGCGCAGCCUCGUCCAGAAGCUGCGCAUCCAGUGCGACUACCGCCCCCGCGGCUGCGGCCGCUCGGUGCAGCUGAGCGAGCUGCCGGCGCACGUCGAACGCUGCGACUUCGGCCCUGCCCGCCGCCGCCACCCGGGCAGCGUUUCCCGGCCGGACGGCCCGGGCAGUGGGGACCGAUCCGUGCGGGGAGGCUGCCGCUCAGCGCCCGGGAUCCGCCGCAGCGGGGGCGGGGGCUCACGCGGGGGGUCGCCGGGCGUCCGCGGCAGGAGCUGGAGGGGGCCCGGGCCUCGGGUCUGGAGGCGGCGCGAGAAGGCGCUCCUAGCGCAGCUCUGGGAGCUGCAGGGCGAGGUGCGGCUCAUCGCCCGCAGGUACCAGGAGAAGUUGACCCAGUACAUGGCUCAUGUCCGCAACUUCGUCAGGGACCUGGGUGGCGGCCACGACGCGGAAGGAGAACAUAAGCCACUCACUAUUGUAUUGGAAAGAGAAAAUGACACUUUGGGAUUCAAUAUUAUAGGAGGUCGACCAAAUCAGAAUAAUCAAGAAGAAACACCAAUGGAAGGAAUUUAUGUUUCAAAAAUUUUGAAAAAUGGACCUGCUGAUAGAGCAGAUGGCCUGGAAAUUCAUGACAAAAUCAUUGAGGUCAAUGGGAAGGAUCUCUCAAAGGCUACCCAUGAAGAGGCAGUGGAAGCUUUUCGAAAUGCCAAGGAGCCUAUCGUGGUCCAGGUGCUAAGGCGAACACCUCUCAGUAAACCAGCCUAUGGGACAGCCCCAGAAGUGCGACUCAUGAAUGCCAGCACGCAGACGGACAUCACCUUUGAACAUAUAAUGGCCCUGGCCAAACUUAGGCCACCCACCCCUCCAGUGCCCGACAUCUGUCCAUUUCUGCUCUCAGACAGCUGCCAUUCUCUCCAUCCAAUGGAGCAUGAAUUUUAUGAGGACAAUGAGUAUCUUUCCAGCUUGCCUGCUGAUCCAGACAGAACAGAGGACUUUGAAUAUGAGGAGGUCGAGUUGUGUCGUGUUAGCAGUCAAGAGAAGCUGGGUCUGACAGUCUGUUACCGAACGGAUGAUGAAGAAGACACCGGCAUUUAUGUCAGCAAGGUCGAUCCAAACAGCAUCGCUGCCAAAGACGGCCGAAUUCGAGAAGGGGAUCGUAUUUUGCAAAUAAAUGGGGAAGACGUCCAGGAUCGCGAGGCGGCGGUGGCCCAGCUGUCUAGCGAUGAGUGCAGGAGAAUCCUGCUGCUGGUCGCAAGGCCAGAGAGUCAGGUGGAUGAAGGCUGGCUGGAAGAUGAAAGGAAUGAAUUAUUAGAGGAGUUAAACCUGGAGAUGUUGGAAGAACAGCAUAAUGAAGCGAUGCAGCGCACUGCUGAUGAGGUGGAGCAGCCAAAAAAACAAGAAGAAGAAGAAGGCACAACAGAUACGGCAACAUCCUCAUCCAACAACCAUGAGAAGGACAGUGGAGUGGGGCGCACAGAUGAAAGCUUGCGGAAUGACGAGAGCUCAGAGCAGGAGAAUGCAACCGAGGAUCCCAAUGGCACAUCUCUGAAAAGCAAAAGAGAGCUGGGGCAGAGCCAAGACACCCUGGGAAGCAUUGAACUUCAGUGCAAUGAAAGUUUUGUGUCUGGUGAAUACAUUGACUCAGACUGUAUUGGCAACCAAGAUGAGGAGUGUGAAAGAUUUCGGCAGCUCUUGGAGCUCAAAUGCAAGAUAAGGAAGCAUGGGGAGUAUGACCUGUAUUAUUCAAGCAGCACAAUAGAAUGCAAUCAGGGAGGACGAGAGGGAGUGGAGCACGAACUACAGUUGCUUAAUGAAGAACUGAGAAACAUUGAACUUGAGUGCCAAACUAUCAUGCAGGCUCACAGGCUCCAGAAAGUGACAGACCAGUAUGGAGAUAUCUGGGCAUUGCAUGAUGGAGGAUUCCGAAGUUAUAACACCAGCAUAGAUACCCAGAGGGGAAAACUAGAUGACAUCCUUGAACACCCAGAAAAGUCAGACAAAGACAGUUCAAGUGCUUACAACACAGCUGAAAGUUGCAGAAGCACUCCACUCACUGUGGACCGUUCCCCUGACAGUUCCCUUCCAAGAGUGAUCAGCCUCACCAAUAAGAAAAACCUGAGAAGCACAAUGGCAGCCAACCAGUCCUCUUCUGGACAGAGCACUAAAGAAUCAACCUGCACCAAAGCCAAAACCUCUGAACAAGGCUGUGUCAUUGAAGGCAAAGAGAAGACUUCAGAAAGCAGCAAGCUUUCUGAUCCAGAGAAGACCAGCAGUGAACACAUCCCUUAUCUCUCUCCUUACCACAGCUCCUCCUAUAGAUAUGCAAACAUCCCAGCACAUGCUAGGCAUUAUCAAAGCUACAUGCAGUUAAUUCAACAGAAGUCCGCAGUCGAGUACGCUCAGAGUCAGCUCAGCUUGGUGAGCGUGUGCAAGGAGUCUCAGAAGUGCUCAGAACCCAAGAUGGAAUGGAAGGUGAAAAUCAGGAGCGACGGGACGCGGUACAUCACCAAGAGACCCGUGCGGGACCGCAUUCUAAAGGAGCGUGCCUUAAAGAUCAAGGAGGAGCGGAGUGGCAUGACCACGGACGAUGACACCAUGAGCGAGAUGAAGAUGGGGCGCUACUGGAGCAAAGAGGAGAGGAAACAGCACUUGGUGCGGGCCAAGGAGCAGCGGCGCCGCCGAGAGUUCAUGAUGCGGAGCCGGCUGGAGUGUCUCAAGGAGAGUCCCCAGAGCGGCAGUGAGGGCAAGAAGGAGGUCAACAUCAUUGAACUGAGUCACAAAAAGAUGAUGAAGAAAAGAAACAAGAAAAUUUUGGACAACUGGAUGACAAUCCAAGAACUGAUGACCCAUGGGGCCAAGUCCCCUGAUGGUACACAAGUUCCUAAUGCCUUUUUGUCUGUCACCACAGUAUGACCCAAUGGAUGGAAUGCAGCUGAUUUUCAGAGGGUGCUACCAGUUUGGGUAGAGGAUGCUUGCCUCGUUCAAUGUGGCAUUUUUAUAUAUAUUUUGUGACUCUUUACAGUUUAAAUUUUUUGUAAGCAAAAAUACCUGCUAAUUUUUCAUUUGGUUUUCAUAUAUUGGUACUUCUUUUUGGCUGAGAUUUCUUUCUUUGACUUGUGAUAUAUUCAUACUACUCAUUUAUAUAUAAAAACAAGCAAAAGGAAAGAAAACAAAAAAACUUGCACAAAAAUACUGAGGAGCCAAUUAAUUUCCUAUUUUAAUGUACCUAUUAUAGAUCUGGAUUUAUUUCUGUAGUUUGCUUAUUUUCAACUUUAAUAACAACUCAAUGCCAAAAUAUUUCUAUGCUUGCUUCUUGACUAAUACAUAUGAAAUCAAACCUGAUGAUAAAUCAUGUGCCACAUCUUGUUUUACACAUAAAAAUCACCUCUUUUUAACAUCCUGUUGUACAUUUAACACAUAAAUGGCCAUUAUCUUUGUCUCAGUAAAGUGUAGGUGGACAAUCUUCCUGUGGUAUGUAGUGACACUGUUUAUGUAGUUAGAUAGUUGUGGUAAUUGUGACAAUAAAAGAGAAAUAAAUUAUUGAUUACCCCUGAGAAAAGCUAUCAAGGAGUGUUCUAUUUCCAUUGUUCCCUGUGGUUACCAGAUAUAAAUUAGUUAUAUAUGUAUACUCUUUAGAAGACUCCUAAUUGUGAAUUCUAAAAUGUGUACAUUUUCUAUCCCAUUUUUCAAUAAAUUGUCCUGAAAUACUUCCCAUA